UCGAUUCCUAUAGCUAAAGAAUGGCUACGAGCGUGUUCUUUGAAACAUGAAAAAUGCCAAAAUCGUGCGUCGCAAUACAUACCUACGCGACUGGUUGGCACUGCCAUGGGUCGGUGCCGCGUCUAUCAGCAAGAUGAGUUGGAUGCAGGGGUCGAAUAUGCGACACUCAGUCACUGUUGGGGAGGAACUCAAUAUCUUACCCUCAGUAAGAGCAAUCUGCAGCAAUUGGAAACUCAGAUACCAAGUGAAGAUCUCUCACGUACAGUACAAGACGCCAUCACGAUAGCGCGUGAUCUGGGUUUCGAGUACAUCUGGGUGGACACUCUAUGUAUUGUCCAAGAUGAUAUCAUGGACUGGGAAAGAGAAGCAGCGAUGAUGACGAUCGUUUAUGGAAACUCGAGUCUCAAUAUUGCAGCUGCUGGCGCGAGAGAUGAACGGGACGGCUGCUUUUUUUCUCGGCCUGCUCAUUGGAACUGCAAGCUACAGCUGUACAAUAGUCAUAACGCCCUUCAUUAUUCUGCAGCUCCCGUCUCUCUUCAUUCGCGAUGCUUACUUAGCAUGCCACUAAUGGAGCGAGGCUGGGUACUCCAAGAACGCGUAUUAGCCAUGCGUACUCUGCACUUUACGACCACUGAGCUGUUCUGGGAGUGUAAUCACACUACGGCCUGUGAAAGCUUCCCAGAAAGACUACCGGGAGAUAUGAUGAUGUCUCCCAUAUUUCUAUGGAAACAAACAAUAAACGAUUCGAUGUGGCCAUGGAUCGUCGCUACGUAUAGCGCCUGCAAAUUGACAUAUGUCAAGGAUAAACUGGUCGCCAUCUCCGGCCUUGCUAGAAAGAUACAUGAACAAACAAAUGACCAAUACGUAGCAGGGCUAUGGAGAAAAAACCUGGAAGCUCAAUUGUGCUGGUUCAUCUGGGUUCCAGAGCCACGUCGGGAGACGGAGGCAUACAUCGCCCCAAGCUGGUCAUGGGCCUCUGUGGAUGUACCAGUUCACACAGAACAUGUAUCUCUUCUCGACCGACCAGUUUUGAUAUCCGUAGUGGAUGUUAAGAUUGGAUACGCUGGAUCCGAUCCGUUUGGAGCGAUCAACAGUGCCACCAUGAGAAUUCGU